AUGCAGCGUGUCGUCUCGUUCUACGAGAGACUCCCUCGCGGUCCCGCUCCCGAGCACAAGCCUUCCGGCCUCCUCCAGAGAUACCAGCACCGCUACUUCAACGGCAAGAACCCUUCGGCUAUGCGUACGACCACCCCUAUCUGUAUAUCUAUGUUCUGGACUCGAGCUGACCUCGAACAACCCAGCCCUGGUUCACGUCAUUGGCACCAUGAUCAUCCUUGGUUACGCCCAGAACUACUACUUCCACUUGCGUACGUCUCCUCUGGACUGGUUGUAUCUCGGACACGUAGCUAA